AAGCCACAUGAAUGCUCAUUGGAGAAGUACUCAAAGAAACAUGUUCAAGGUUUUAGCUUCUUUGCUGCUGUUUCUGGUACUCUGCUGCAGAACAAGCUUGGAAGAAUCGGGCAAUCAUUGUUAUCGGGGAACGUGUAAUGGGACGAGCGGUGCUGCUUCUUCUUUUCCUUCUCCAUCCCGAGAGCCGCCACAGCUUCUCCAACGAGACGUGGAUGCUGUAAAUGCUCUGCUUGAACUUGUGACGCCUCGGAACUUUUUGAUUUCCAUCACAGCAACCGAUUGCCCUCCAACAAAGCAUAGACCAUUCAUGAAAUGCAAUUGCGACAACAGUACGAAUAUAUGUAGGGUGACUGCAAUUAAUCUCAGUGGACAUGCUUUAAGCGGUCAACUUCCUGCGGAAAUUGGAAACCUUGAUUAUCUGGAAGAACUACGCCUUGUCGGGAACUAUAUCAGCGGACCAAUUCCUGAAUCUUUUCAAAAUUUAUCGCGCAUAUCUGUUAUAAACCUUUCUGAUAACCAUCUUACCGGAUCAAUUCCUAAGUCCUUCCGAAAUUUGUCGCAGAUGACUGAAAUUAAUCUCAAACGUAACAACUUGGAAGGACCCAUACCAUAUUUUCUUUCGGAGAUGAAGUCCUUGAAAAUCCUAAGGAUAAGUGAGAAUUGGUUUGAUGGGUCAAUUCCGCGUGAGUUUGGUACCUUUCCAGCCCUUAAAUACUUGUAUCUGGAUGGUAACUUUUUAUCUAUGGGGAUCCCUGAUGAAUUAGGAAAUAUAUCAAGCCUUUUAGAACUGUCUUUGAAUGAAAAUGAACUUUCGGGUCAGCUUCCACAACAAUUUGGAAACCUCACAAAACUCGAAGAGCUGUACCUAAGCAACAAUUUGUUGAGUGGUAAAUUGCCUCCAAGCUUGGACGCACUGGAAAACUUAGAAGCCUUCACUGUUCAAGGAAAUAGCUUCAGUGGAAGGAUUCCGGACUUCAUCUCAAAGUGGCGAAACCACCAAUACUUGGAUCUACGCGGAAAUAAUUUUGAAGGGCCUAUACCAAAUGCAAUCUCAAACUUGACAGAAUUGCUUUACCUUUUCAUAAAUAACUUAGUUGGAGCAGAUAAGCAACAUUCGUUUCCUGAAAUUGGAACUAUGGUUUCGAUGCGGCACUUGUCUUUGAGGAACUGCUCACUCGCUGGUCCAAUUCCUGACUACAUAUGGCAGUUCAAAUCCAUGAAGUACCUGGACUUGAGUUUCAACAGUUUGGUUGGAGGAAUUCCACCUGUGAUGAAUGUUUCCUUACAAGCCAUGUUUCUUAGUAGAAAUAAUCUCAAUGGGUCGAUUCCUGUAUGGGUCACAGAAUUGAAGGAAUCAUAUGUGGAUAUUUCUGAAAAUUCUUUUACAAACGUGAGCAUCCCCAAGGGUGCCAUUUCUCCAAAAAAGAACUUUUUUGCUUGCUGUUCUGAGAUAAACAAUGAGGAUAUGAAAUGGCUAGAUGCUAAUUACUCAUGUGCCAGUAACUCACUCAAAUAUGAACAUUUGUACAUCAACUGUGGUGGAGAUGCAACAACAAUAAAUGGAAGAAACUAUGAAGCUGAUCUUGAACCAAAUGGGGGAUCAACUUUCUACCUAAGUCGUAAUCAAGCUUGGGGUUUCAGUAGUAUGGGAGUCUUCGAAGAUGCAAAAGACCAGCAGUACAUACUCAAGAAAACAUGCAAUACUUCUGUAGUCGAGGAUACAACUCUAUACAUGAAUGCGCGUGUUUCUCCAAUGUCCUUGAAAUACUAUGCAUUUUGUUUAAAAAACAAUCCUUACAAGGUGAGGCUUGACUUUGCUGAAAUAGGCUGGAAUACAACUAGAGAUCCUAGUCUGAAGAGAAAUAGAGUUUUUGAUAUAGAAAUCCAGGGCGAGAAAAAAGCAACAGAUUUCAAUAUUGAAAUAGCUGCAGGGGGUGUGGAUCGGAACGUGACCUUGGAAUAUAACAACAUUCUUGUUCAUGACAAUCGGUUGGUGAUUCAUUUGUAUUGGUCUGGAAAAGGUUCAACAUGGGUGCGAACAGUUUACUACGGUCCCCUAAUAUCAGCUAUUUCUGUAUCUCCUGUUCUUAAAAAGCAUCAGAAACUUUCUUCUGCGACUAUUGUUGGAAUUGUGGGAUCUUCGGUACUUGCUGUUUUAUUGAUCUUAGCUCUCUUCUGGAAGUUGGGCUGGCUUGGUGGAAAGACUACUAAAAAUGGAGAUCAAAAAAGUAUCGAGCUAUUCCCUGGAGGGGUUUUCAACUUCCAACAAAUAAAAGCAGCUACUAAGAAUUUUGAUCCUAAGAACAAGAUAGGUGAAGGAGGAUUUGGAGAGGUCUACAAGGGUGUGCUAGAAAGUGGGACUAGAGUAGCUGUAAAAAGGCUUUCAAAAAAAGCCAAACAAGGAGCUGAGGAAUUUAUAAAUGAAAUUGGUACUAAUUUUGCUUUGCAACACCCGAAUCUGGUGAGGGUAUUGGGAUCUUGUGCUGAACAAAGUCAACUUCUAAUUGUCUAUGAGUACAUGGAAAAUAAUUCUCUUGAACAGGCAUUGUUUGGUUCAGCAGAAGUCAAAUCCAGACUAAACUGGCUGAUAAGAGUUAAAAUUUGCCAUGAUGUUGCAAAGGGGUUGGCUUAUAUUCAUGAAGAAUCAAGACUUAAAAUUGUUCAUAGAGACAUAAAACCAACUAACAUACUUCUUGACAAGGAUUUUACUGCCAAGAUAUCAGACUUUGGAUUUGCCAAACACAGUGAAGACGAGAAUCCUCACAUUACCACACGGAUAGCAGGAUCAAGGGGAUACAUGUCACCUGAGUAUUUGCAAGGCUUCUUGACUCCUAAAGCAGAUGUCUACAGCUUUGGUCUUGUCACACUAGAAAUUGUUAGCGGGAAGCAAAUUUCAACUUUUAGGGCAAAGGAUCAGAAUAUUUACCUUUUGGAUAUAGCUUAUGAUUACCAGCAGCAGGGCAAUCUUAUAGCUCUUGUCGAUCCAAGCCUAGGAUCUGAUUAUACCCACAAGGAAGCGCUCAAUUUGUUGGAUUUAGCCAUGAAGUGCGUGAACCCAAGUCCCAAGCUUAGGCCUCCAAUGUCUGAAGUUGUGAAAAUUCUUGAAGGAAUUGUAAAAGAUGUACAAGCAAAAUGGAAAUCUAAGACUUCCUCUAUUGGAAAACCUUCUUCAGGUGAUGAUUCGCAAGUGCCCAGUCUCUUCUCUCGUUCUACUCAAUCAGCUGGGAGUACAUCCCAGGAAGGUGCUUCGGAUACAAUCAUUUGUCCUUCAACCAGCAAAGAAAUUGAUGACUCCAGCGACUUGGACGAUUAGCAUGCCAAGGCUGCAAAUUAACCACGAAUUGCUACUACGGUAGUCUUUCCUUGAGCUUUGAUAAUUCUAAUUUUUGUGAAUGACAGCAUUCAUCAUGCAUUAUUGCAUUGACGUGUUUCUGCAGUUAGCAGAUUAUAGAAUUCAAGCUACUACACAAGCCUUCACAAAAGAUAUUGGCUCAUUUAAUUAAUGUAUGGUAUAUCAGUACAGUCAAUAUUUAUGUAGAUUUAUUUUUAUUGGGACUAA